AUGGAACCCUGCUCAUGUGACACUUUCAUAGCCCUCCCACCUUCAACAGUUGGUGCCCGGAUUAUCUUUGGAAAGAACUCGGACAGGCCCAGCGAUGAAGUACAGGAGAUAGUAUACUUUCCUGGAAGGUCUUAUGGAGCAGGAGAGGAGCUGGAGUGCACUUAUAUUAAGAUUGAGCAAGUAGAGAAGACGCAUGCUGUGGUAUUGAGUCGGCCAUCCUGGUUGUGGGGAGCUGAGAUGGGAGCCAAUGAAUUUGGUGUUUGCAUUGGAAAUGAAGCAGUGUGGGGAAAGGAGGAAAUUGAUGAUAAAGAAGCACUACUUGGCAUGGACCUAGUCAGGCUUGGUUUGGAGAGAGCAGACACAGCAGAGGGAGCCCUGGAUGUCAUUGUUGGUUUGUUAGAAAAGUACGGACAAGGAGGCAACUGCAUGGAAAGUCAGAUGUCCUUUACCUACCACAACAGUUUCCUGAUAGCGGACAGAAAGGAAGCCUGGAUCCUGGAGACUGCUGGCCAGUACUGGGCUGCAGAGAGAGUAGCUGAAGGUAUAAAGAACAUAUCCAACAACCUCUCUAUCACCACCAAGAUUGACCGUGAACACCCAUUAAUGAGGGAGUAUGCCAGGACGAAAGGCUGGUGGGAUGGGAAAAAGGAGUUUAAUUUUGCUGCGGUGUAUUCCUAUUUCAACCCCUCUAGAUCGUCUUCUUCUGGAGACAGAUUUUGUGAAGGCUACAAGUUGCUUAGAAAACACAACGGAAACAUUACGGCUGAGACUAUGAUGGAGAUUCUGUCAGACAAGCCAAGUGGCAUUAAUAUGGAGGGUGGCUUUAUGACAACUGGAAGCAUGGUGUCCAUCCUGCCACAAGAUCCAUCCCAGCCCUGCUGCCACUUUUUUACUGGAACUCCAGACCCCUCCAGAUCUGUGUUCAAGCCCUUCAUUUUUGUGCCUCAGAUUCAGCAGUUUGUAAAUACAGCUUCACCCGUGUUGGGCUCGGACGAUCCCGUCAAAUUAAAUCCAAGGUUCCAGACAAGACCAGACAGGAGGCACGAGCUUUAUAAGAAGCAUGGAAGAACUCUGAGGGCUUUAGAAACCUCAAAGGUAGACACAGUAAAGGAGUUGUUGAAAAAAAUAAAAGACUUGGAAAAACAGAAUUUGGAUGAGGUAGAAUUAUUGCUACAGAAUGGAACUAAUGAUAGCUCUGCUAUAGCUUUACUGUUUUUCAAAUGUGUGGAAGAAGAACUGAAGAUUUAUGAGUGA